AUGUUGGAUCUUCUCCGUUUCAAUCGACAAUCAGCAGUUGAAGAUGGAUCCAUGGAACUUUAUUCGCUGAUUUUCAAAAUAGGAAUUACAGUCAAUUUCAUCGGAGUUCUAUAUUAUCUAAUGAAUGUAAGCAUUGACUACCGUACUCGAGGAUCAAUGAAUAACAUUCGGAGGAUUCAUCAGUUUGUCUACUUCACAUGUCCAUUCCAUCAUAUCGCUUUCAUUGUUGAGAAGAUAAUGAUAAUCUGGGAUUUUGAAGGAGGAUACGAUGCCCACACAACAACAUUCCAGACUAUUCAAUUUAUCAGAUUAGUCACGACUUUUGCCGGAUUCCUGUGUCUACCAGCUUAUGCAAUCGAACGAUCAUUCGCUACAUAUUUCCACCAGGACUAUGAGAAAGUAAGCCGUUCGUAUAUCGGAUAUACAAUGAGUUUUCUCAUAUAUCUUAUUUCUGUUAUUUCCGUUCUUGUCUGUGUUCAGUUCAACGCUAAAUUCUACCCGUUCCUCGUUUUACUAGUCAGCAAUAUCGUCAGUUACAUUGUGAAUAUCAUAAACUACAAACUGAAUCGUUACUACUACAACUGCUCCCUUCGAAAAUUCUACACGUAUUCUCUGACGGAGCGGUACCAGAUUUCAGAGAACAUUCAGUUCGCAAAGUUCUUCCACAUUUUCGCUCUAACAGUUGCCCUUUUUGCCACAUUUUGCUCAUUCCUUCUUCUUCUGGCCAGUCUUCCAUUUGCUUCAACUGAAAAGAAUAUAUUUAUUGUUUCAUUCGACACAAUCUACACAGUUUUUAUUCUCUACUGUCCAUAUGUUCAUUAUAAAUACAAUUCCACAUGGCAGCAUGAGUUCAAAAGAUGGAUGAACAUGCACACCUCGGAGGUCAAAUGCUCGAGUGUGACAGUUGGAAAACCAAGUUUACAGCUGAAAUCAACGUUCGGAGAGCGAAUGAAUGUCAACAAAAGUUCACAAAUGGAUUUUUAUUUCACUCAAUUAACCCAUUCUUGGAAUAAUACAAGACCUAAUGAACAAUAA